AUGAACUCGCUCAGCCUACUUUCAUCCCAAGUUGAUAAAGUCAUCGGCGGAACUCCUUCGUCAACCACCAGACCCGAUUCAUCAAAAGCUCUACGGCAUGAGCAUAACUCGAACCCUUUAGCUUCAACCGGCAAGAGGUCUUACUUAGCAAGACAUGUUGUAGACGAAGCUGUUUUCUACGAGAAUGAUGAGGAGGACGACGAGGAGGACGAUGAAGGGGAUGACGAAGACGACGAUGAAGAUGACCGAGAUACGGAGCAGGCAACACUGCUUUACAACAAAAGUUCGCAGACGCUGAAUGACAGGAUAUACAUGGCCCUGAUUAGUUUAGGUGCUUUCCGGUGGUUUAUUUCUACACUGGUUGCGUCAACCAACUGGCUCAUAUCCUGUGUUUAUGAUGAGCAGGGCAUUUUCUCACCCUUCAUGCCAUUCCGGAGGCUUACUGGGCUCGGCAUGAAACCUUUCGGAGCGUCCGAUCAUGCAAAUCCUAAUUUCAAACCCCCUGUUAAAUCCCAACACUGGCCCACCGCCCGGGAUGUUUGCAAAUGGUAUAAUUUGGUUGUGUUUACAGCUUCUGUGCAAGAAUACGCCGAUCCUGUGAUCGAUUGGUUAGAACAGGAUCGAAAGUAUUUCAAAGGUAGAUACUACCGUCAACAUUGUACUCAGCGUAAUGGUGCAUAUAUCAAAGAUCUUAGUGCCGUCGAGCCUGAUCUUUCGAAGGUCAUGAUUAUCGAUAAUUCACCCACAAGCUAUUGUUUCCAUGAAGAUAACGCGAUACCCAUUGAAGGAUGGAUCAAUGACCCAACCGAUAUAGAUCUCCUACACCUAAUACCUCUUUUGGAAGCCCUUCAGUAUGCCACCGAUGUGAGGGCACUUCUUGCGUUGCGGAUGGGCGAAACAUGUUAG